GGAAAUUGGGCGGAGAGAGAGAGGAUUGGGAGGGAGUGAGCUGGGAAAUCCUUUCUCCUGCUAUUCUACCCUCUUACAUCCUUCUGCUAGAGGUGUUUGACUCCAUGUUCUAUCUGCAGAGGGCUGAGUUACGCUGCUAUGAAAAGGAAAGAUGGACCAGGAAGAACUGGAUCUGAUUAAUGAUUACAGAUACAGAAACUAUGCAGCUACUAUUGACAAAGCUUUGAAGAACUUCGAAUCCUCCAGUGAAUGGGCAGAUCUCAUCUCCUCACUGGGGAAGCUGAACAAGGCACUUCAGAGCAACCUGAAAUACUCGCUCCUGCCAAAGCGUCUGAUCAUUAGUAAAAGGUUGGCUCAAUGUCUACAUCCAGCUCUUCCCAGCGGAGUCCACUUAAAGGCACUGGAAACGUACGAAGUCAUAUUCAAGAUCAUUGGAGCCAAAUGGCUUUCGAAGGACUUGUUCUUUUACAGCUCCGGGCUGUUUCCCUUGUUGGGCAAUGCAGCCAUGUCUGUGAAGCCAGCGCUUCUGGGACUAUACGAGAAGUACUACCUCCCUCUGCAAAAAUCCCUGUGUCCUAGUCUACAAGCCUUCAUCACUGGUCUCCUACCGGGGCUGGAGGAGGGCUCCGAGAUCUAUGAGAGGACGGACGUCUUUCUCCAGAAGCUGUCGCUGGUGGUGGGCCAGGAGGUGUUUUACGGGGCUCUAUGGGCAAGUGUCCUGUUCAGUCCUUCCAUUCGCCUCCCCGCCUCUCUUUUUGUUGUCAGCCACCUCACCAAGUCUGUGCACAAAAAGGAGCAGAAGUACAUGUUUGGGGCAGACCCCCAAUUUGCGGUGAAAGCAUUCUGUGCUUCAGUUCAGGAUUCCAAUGUCCUCGUACAACGCAACACUUUGGAAAUUCUCUUUUUCUUUUUCCCUCUUUCCUCGUGCCUGGAUCCAGAUGAAUGGGUCAUCCCACUGACCAGGUCAGAGAUGGUCCAUGUUCUCUCUGCUGGGCUUCACGUGAUCCUCAGGAGAGACAUGUCCCUCAACAGGCGUCUGUACGCGUGGCUCUUGGGUACCGAUAUUAAAGGUGGCUAUGUGGCUACAAACCCAGCCAUCUCCACCUCAUUGGAAGACCAGACCACUUCUUAUUUCAGCAAACAUUCCCGAGACCUGCUGGUUCGAGCAUUGAUACUGACUUUGCAACAGAUAAAUUUCAAACCUGUUCUGGAACAUGGACCUCAAGCUCACCUGAAACCCUUCCGGAUUCUGAUCAGUUUACUCGAUAAACCUGAAUUAGGCCCCGAGGUUAUUGAGGAUCUGCUUCUUGAAGUGAUUAGAGCAUUUUAUUCCAUCUGCAAUGAGAUGCUGGAUUCAGAUAUUCGCUCGAGCAAGAAUGAAAGUCUACUGAUCAGCGAAAUUAAACAGAACAAAAAUGCGUUGGAAGUGAUAAAGACGGUGAAUCUACUGAUCAGCGCUUUAAGCACGGACUACCUGUGGGAUUAUAUGACCAGACUGUUUGAAGACUGCAUCAGGGGCCGAUCUCAGCCAAAAGCCCCCAAAGUGGAGGAACGUCCAAGUGAAUGGCCCACUGUGCUAGAGCUGUGCUGUUUGAUGGUGUUCCUUUUGGAGGUCGUUCCCCUGGAACUCUGCUCCGAAAUUCAGACCCAGUUCCUCCCACAAAUGCUGCAUCACAUGGUCGACUGUUUGGUAGAGAACAUGGAGAGCCUCGGACCCACAGAACUUACCACAAGCCUGAGAACCUGCUACAAGAUACUCAGCAAGAUUCAGCUGCCCGCCCCCUUCAUGGAUGAGGAGCUGCAGGUCAACGGCGAAACCGAAAUAGAUGGUGGAAAAACGGCUGAGAUCCCCUUGAAGGAGAACAGUGAGACGGGGUCCGAGACUGAGCCCAGCCCGGAAGAGCGAACUGGGAGGAUUGGGAUCUUCCCUUCGCUCCGAUCGGAAGACAGCGGGAUUGGGCUGAGCGUGAUGGGGCAGGAGAGGUCGCACAGUCGCCCGGACCCCAGAGUCAGCGACGUCUGGAAGAGCAACGGGAGCGUUCAGGCUACCGUCCGGAACAUCCAACAGCUGUUGGCCCAUUUUACCUUGAAGCACUUCUUCGGGACCGAUUGCCAGCACCCCAGGCCGGGCGAGGACGGCGGGGGCUUGUCGGCGGGGGCGGGAGGGUUAACGGGCAGAGCCGCGGGGGACGGGAAGGACGUCAAGAAGCAGGUCACCGUGCCGCAGUUCAAGCAGAUGCUGUCGGAUUUCUUCACCGUCCGGGCGCAGACGUUCAAGCAGCAGCAACAGCUGAAGAAGAAGAUCCAAGAGCAGCAGCUUCAGCCGGUGGUGUUGUCGCCAGGCCCUGGAGAGCAGAGGAGUGGGAGAGUGGGGAAGGAGGGGGAGGAGGAGGAGGGGCACUGGGACGUGGACCGGGUGCUACAGGAGGUGGAGGAGGUGAGCGAGGAUUGCAGACUGGCCUUCGCUGCAACCUGUCAGCUCCUCUUGGAGUGCGCCAGUUUCCCCGUCUACUUGUCCUGCGAGGAGAUCGACGCCUUCUGCUCCUCCGCCUUCAGUAACGUGGGCAACGGUGAUGGCAGCUUGCCCCUGUGGCUCAAGUCCUUGAUGACUCUGUCUUGCUGCAUCAGUGAUUGUCACGUGCAGAAUGUGGCCACCUCCACUUUGCUGGAGAUCAUCACUCGGUCUCAGUCGCUGGAACUCGUCCUCGAAGACAAAGUGAGAAGGUACAAGAUCUCCGGGCACAACAACCCUUUCCUGGGCAAGCUGCAGAUGAUGACUGUCCCCCCCAUCCCUCCAGCCACACUCAAGCUCAUGGCAGAGAAAACCAACUUCUAUCAGAGGGUCUCCCACGUUCUGUGGAACCAGCUUAAUAAGGAGAGCAGAGAGCAUCACGUCACCUGUGUGGAGCUCUUCUAUAAACUACACUGCCUGGCCCCUUCUGCCAACAUUUGUGAGGACAUCAUUUGCCAGUCCUUGCUUCACAGAGAUAAGGCGACAAGGCUGGAGACUCUCUUCAGGUUCUCGGUGCUGUGGCAUUUUACCCGGGACAUUCAGGGCGACAGAACCUCCUUCUGCGCCCGCUCGUUUGACAGGUGUCUGUUUGUGGUGCUGGAUAGCCUGAACUGUUCAGACGGGGCAAUUGGUGUCGCAGCGCAGGGCUGGCUUGUCAGGGCGCUGUCUCUCAACGACGUCGCUCGAAUUCUCGAACCCGUUUUGCUGCUGCUCCUCAACCCAAAGACCCAGCGCACCACCAUCCAGUGCCUGAAAAAGAAAGUAAUUGGAGACGAUCUUCAGCUUUUACUGAACAAGAAGGCAGCCUACUCGAAAGCAUGUAGCGUGCUAUCGGAAAGUAGCUCUGAGGAGAGCGUCUUAUUCGGACACAUUUCAUCAGUGGACAGAGAGGCCCUGUGGGCUGAGGUGGAAGGAUACCCAGAGCGUUCCACCGCGAAGCGGGAGGUCCCGAUAAAGAGCUGCGUUCGCAAGCUCAGUGAACCGUCUGAGAACAUCGCUGAGGAGGAACACAGCGGCCGGACUGAAUCCCUUGAUGCCAGUUCGGGAGCCGGGUCCACAGACGUCACCUCUUCCGCCUCGCUGCCGAGCCCCGAGCCUCGCGAUUCCAUGAGCACCACCGAGGAAGACGAGCGCGGCUGCGCGGGUGAUUUGGAGGGGGAUCUGAACGGCCCCAGUUUCCCAGGCGGACCCCGGCCCCAAACCCAGCUGCCGCUGGUCCACACCGACUCGGAGAAAACCCAGACCUCGCAGUCGCUGUCCAGCGACGAGGAGGAAAUUGACCUGGAACUGCAGCUGAUCAGUCGCGAAAAGCUCCUGAAACGUCGGCGCGAGAAGCACGUCUUGGUGGAGGCCUUGUUCAAGCACGUGCUGCUGUACGGGCAGCCCUACGAUGCCAAGCGGGUGCUGUACGCUUUCUCCGUCCUAGAGGCCGUGUUGAAAGCCACCCCUAAGGAAUUCAUCGAAGCCCUGUCCAGCACCAGCAUGGACACCACCUCCAUCGUCCAGUUGAAUCUUAUCAACAACCUUUUGGCCCGGCACCAGGAGUCUCUCGACGGACAGAGCUUUUACGGUAAGCUUCCGGCACAGUCGAGCGCGUCCCACCGCUCCCUGAUGUUGGAGUUGCUCACCUACCUCUGCCUGAGUUUCCUGAGGUCCUACUACCCGUGCCAGAUGAGGCUGACGCACAAGGAUUUGCUGGGGAACCGGGAAGUCCAGGUGAAUAGCGUGGAGGUCCUGAUCCGGGUGAUGACCCAACUGGUGGCCGUUGCCAAACCCCGGGACUGCAAGAAUAUCGAGUUCAUUGGCGACUUGCUGUCCAAGUGCAAAGUCCAGGAGUACGUGCUGCUCGCCCUCUCUGCCUCCAUGUACAUCAGCGAGAAGAGUUACAGGCUCAGCCUGGCCGACAGGCACGAGGAGUUCAUCGAGGAGGGCCUGUCGGAGGAGAGCCUGGUUAACUUCGGGGAAGACCAGAUUUGGAGCGAGCACCCUCUCCAGAUCGAGCUGCUGAAGCUGCUGCAAGUCCUCAUCGUGUUGGAGCACCAUCUGGGCCAGGUUCCCGUCGUCGAUCUGGGUACCUCCUCCGAACUCUCCAAAGAGUGGCAACGGGUCAUCAACUUCCAGCAGUCCAUCACCGAUGAUUACGUGCAGUCUCAACCCAUCAUCUCCCAGGGAAUGUUCGUCUCGGCUGUGGUUAGGGCUUUGCAGCCUCAAUAUGGUUACAGUAUUCACCCCCCUUGGGUGAGCAUGGUUACAGCCUCCCUGCCUUACCUGGAAAAAUCCCUCGGACUAGUUGUGGCACCAUUCGUGGCGCAGAUCUGCAGGAACCUGGACAGCCUUGUUCAACAGUACGAGCGAGAGAGUGAAAAGCGCACAAUCAGCGCAACCACUAAAAAGGAAAACAUCCCUCCAGAUUAUCCACUGACCCUUUUGGAAGGCCUCACUGCAAUUUCUCACUUCUGCCUUUUGGAUAGUUCAACGCAAGCGAAAAAGUCUGCAGCUCCGGGUGAUUCCACAAGCCUGAAGAACGCUAGGAACGCAAUCCUGGAGGAACUGUCUUUGAUUAUCAACUGCAUGUCCGUCCUCUGGGGUGUGAUCCGCAGCGAGGAAUCGCAGAGAAAGCCAGUGAAUCUCCUCGGUGUGGCCAAGGGCUCCUACUCUGUCUACUUCAAAUCCACUAAAACUUUCAGGCAGAAAAUCUUGGACCUGCUGAAUCCAUUUGCCGCACAGAUGGGAGUCCACUUGAUGGCAGCCGUGGCAGCCGUGUGGAACAAGAAGAAAGGCAGCAAGCGGCAGAGCAAAACCAAGGGAAAGAUCUUGCCGGUGGCGAGCGAAGCACAGCUGACGCUGGUAGAUUUAGUCCAAGGGCUGGACACGCUCAAGACCGACCGCAUAUUGCAACUCAUCAAAGAGGUUGUGAAAAAGCCACAGCAGACCAAAGGAGAGGAGAAGCCAGCUUUAGUGGAUAUCCCGAUGCUGCAGUUCAGCUUCGCUUUACUACAGAGGCUUCCCACAAGCAACCUGCAAGAGGUUUUGCCUUCCAUGUUGAGUCUCUUGAAGGAAUCCGUUCAGCUGAAUUUGGCUCCGCCAGGACACUUCCUGCUCAUGGGCAUCCUGAAUGAUUUCAUGUUAAGAAUUCCCAAUUUGGAAAACAAGAGAGAGCAGAAAGAUCUGCAGGAGGUAUCCCAGAAAAUAAUCGAAGCUGUGGGGAAUGUUGUUGGAUCGUCCCUGGAGCAGACCAGCUGGUUAAGCAGAAGCCUGGAGGUGAAGGCUGGGCCACAGGUUUACCCUGACGAGACUAAUCCUGACUUGGAUGAACAAAGCUCGUUCUCACUCCCCACUGCAGUGGUGUCCACAGCCGUUGCCUCUCCAUACAGCGUGCAAGCUCUGACCCUACUUGCUGAGGUGCUCGCCCCUCUCCUCGACAUGGUUUACCGCAGUGAUGAGAAGGAUAAGGCUGUGCCUCUCAUCUCACGCCUACUGUACUAUGUCUUUCCAUACCUGCGGAAUCACAGUGCCUACAAUGUGCCCAGUUUUCGAGCCAGUGCUCAGUUGCUGAGCAGUCUGAGUGGCUAUGCCUACACAAAGAGAGCCUGGAAGAAGGAAGCCUACGAGCUCUUCAUGGACCCACUCUUCUUCCAGAUGGACGCAUCGUGUAUCAGUCAUUGGAAAUCUAUUAUUGACCAUCUUCUGACCCAUGAAAAAACCAUGUUCAAAGACUUGAUGAGCACCCAGAGCAGUUCUCUUAAACUCUUUGCAAAUUAUGAGCAAAAAGCAAUGCUGGUGAAGAGACAGGCCUUUGCCAUCUUCAGUGGAGAGCUGGACCAGUAUCACUCGUAUCUGCCCCUUAUACAAGAACGCAUGACCGAAACUCUUCGCGUGGGAAUGUCAGCCGUUGUUACCUCCCAGAUGUUCCUCACCUUCAGGGUGUUAAUGAUGAGAAUUUCUCCUCAACAUCUGACCUCACUGUGGCCCAUUAUGGUAACCGAACUGGUUCAAGUUUUCAUGCAGUUGGAAGAGGAUUUGCUUGAGAUUGAAAAAUCAAAGAAUUGCAAUAAAGGAGGACCAAGAUCUCCAGCCAGCAAUGGAAAUGACCCACUGCUAUUGGACCUGGACCAGAGCCAUAUUGACAUGUAUUUAUCGGCUUGUAAAUUUCUCGAUACAGCACUCUCGUUUCCCCCAGAACAUAUGCCUUUAUUUCAAAUGUACCGAUGGGCUUUUGUUCCUGAGGUGAGCGUUAACAUCCACAGUCCCAAUCUGGAUGUCGUUGACUCAUUUGAGGAAUACAAACCUCAAAUUGGCCGAAUUGUGGAUAUUCUGGAUCAAAAAUACAGGGAAAUGAAUGAUCUGGAUGUAACGAUGUCUGGGCUUGAACAGGAAUUUCCUCUCCUGACUGUGCGAUCCGUGUCAAGCAUCCACACACUCACACCGUUUUUCAGGACACUCAACUGCAUUUUCAAGGUUCAACCAGGCAGAUCCCAGGGAGGGCAGAGCCUAUUGGGGGCUAGGGGAUCGAUACCCUUACAGAGUCUAUUUGGACAAGCCCCCAACAGCAGCGAGGUGCUGCAAAGGAUUGAAGAAAAUAUCGCAUGUGACUUUCUGGAGGUGAUGAUGGAGCACUGAUGUCCAAGUUUCUAUCCUGUGAAAUGCUUUGAGACGUCUCGAAGACGUGAUAAGGCGCUAUUACCAAAUGCAAGGAAUAUUAUUAUUAUUGUUAUCUCACUCGUGUUGGUAGGACUGCGGGCUGCACGAAGUGAACGAAGACUGAGGUUUUGUACUGCAGGUGGGCGUCGGGAAUAUCUGCAAUAUGGUUAUCACGUUGACUUGCUUGCCUCUGGCAUUCGGAAGAGAUUUGCAACACCUUUCGGAGAGCGAGGGGAAAGGAAAGGCUGCUCGCAGAAGAACGUAACAAGUCCUUUCUUCUCCAGACUUUCUAUUUUACUCAUUGAGUGGUUUCAUUGCGGUGAAGGGCAAAACGUAAGUUCAAUUAGCUAGGGAUCAACUGGUGUGGGAUCAGGUAGGUAUCAAAUAAUUCAACACUCACUUGGACGGGCCUUCUUUUGGUGCCUUCAAGAGUAUAUAACACGAUUGGAAAAAUAGCACUCGUGUCUCCCAGCAGAUAACAGUAGAAUUCUAUCUUUGGGGACCCCUCUAUCUGUUUUAUUAUUGAUCCAAUAUUGAUAAUUUGCAGUAUUAUUAAUAAGCGUGAGUACUAAUCAACAGGCUAGUAUUAACGAAUGAUGCCAUUUAGGAACCUGACUUCACUGUGUGUGUGUGCGUAUGUGAGUGUAUAUAAUAUAAAUAUCUAUAUUUUCAAACUGCAUUUUCUUUUCUUUUCCAUCAAUAUUAAAAGUCUCAUUUCUCUCCUCCAAGUGAAAAAUUGUAAUGCUGGGAAAGAACUUGUGAGAAAUGCCAAUGUUGAUCUGAAGAGGGGAGUACUGUUAUUACUUUAAUUUGGUCUUUGUUUACAGCUACAUUUGCAAUCGAAAGUAUUGGAAACCGAUCUUAAUACUGUUCUGUGAAUGUAUUCACCAUCACUAAAUGUUUACUAACAAAUAAAAUUCAAAACUUAAGCAA